UCGAUUGAUGUCUUUCGGAUAGAAGGUAAUUGCAUUUUGCUCGUAUCUGUAAUUGUAUGGUGCAGUCAAGUAAGUGGGAGGGGAUGCGGACACGGUGGUGACUGUGGUUUAAUGGGUUUUGCUUCCCUUGCAGUUGUUAAGUGUGCUAUAUGUAGAGCCGCUUAGCGAUCUAGGCUCGUCUUGGAGAUUAUCUGUAGUGUUUUCUGUGCGGAAAUUGGAACCCGUAUGAUGCCGACUUCCGAUCCUGAUCGCCGAGCUUACAAUGGUACAAUUUUCUUGGUAGAAAUCGCUUGGUUGUCUGUUUUUUUGCAGUCAGCUGGUCCCUUGUGGGGGGGCUGGGAGCGUUGUUGACUAUGUUCGUUGUAUGGCGAACCUGGCUGUGUGGACGUCUUCGAAAAAUAGGUCAUGAAUUGUAUGGCGAAUCUGCUUCCGGGUCAGCUAGGUGAGUGGUUGGCUAUGGAGUGAUAGAUGAAACAGAUUGCAUUGCAUUGAGUUGACUGUAGCUUUGUUGACGACGACCAUGUCUUCGUUCCUGCUACUCGCGUUUUGUAUGCAGCCGCGCUUUCUGUGGCAGAAUGUUUGUCCCGUCUCCCUGUCUCUCUCGACCAGGAGGUUGGGAUGGGCAGCUUCUGUAGUACUUGAGAGGGAAGGAGGAGGAGGAGGAGGAGGAGGAGGAGGAGGGGAAUGGCAAGGGAGGGAGGAGGAUAUGGUGGAGGGAAUGGAGGACCAGAGGGAUGUCAAUACUUCAAGCUGCGAGGAAAAGUCGUAGGCUCUUCCUUGUUCUAGUUGGUUUCUGCUGUUGUAGUGUUCUCUAUACGGUUAUGUUCUUCUCUCGAGAUGGUGAGCCAAGGGAGCAGGAGAGCACGUUCAUCCUCGACGAACUGCCGGGUACUGGUAGGGUGACAGCCAUGGUUUUCCAUGUGAUUUGCUGCGUGACCCGUGGAUUACAAGGAAGUGCACUUCGAAGAGCGAGAGAAUGGGAGAGGGAGGUGGCGUGGCGAGACCCGACUCUCCUCCAAGGCAACAGGGAGGAAAUGAAACAAGGAGGUAGUGGAGGACGACGAGGAGGAGAAAGGUGUGGGGUUGGCGAGUAUUAUCAGUGUAUAGGUCGACGAGGACGAGUGGAAGAAGAAGAAGGGAGAGGUUCUGCAAACUAAACAGCCAGCCUGCGCUUUGCGAACGCCAAACGGUGGCGGUGUAUCACUCUUUGCAUGAUAGAACUUCCAGUCUCUCAAGCCAACUUUCCAUAUUUGCUGUCACAUUAUCUGAGUAAGUUCAGAUGUCAGAGUACGGUGAAUGUAGUCAUCACCAGUGUGUGUACAAACCAACCCCUUUAUUGUCUUCCUUCCUACCUCCUCUUUCUCUCAUGUGUUAUUUCAAAGAUUCAAUGCAAGCGGGAACAGAAUCUUCCCCAUAUCUUUGCGAAAGUCAAAGCAGGGGAUUGCAACAGACAUAGCUAGACGACAAACUACUCUCUGUCAUCAGUCAUCAUCAUCACACGGUCGUCGUUAUCCGAGAGCAUUGCUGAAAAGUUGGGCCAGUUGCGUGGUCGUUUGGUGGUAAGAAGACUCUCAUCGAUCGACGGUUGACAUCAACAAAGUUGUCUCGAGUUUCGAACCACAAUCCAAGAGGUACAGGAUGAGAUGGGCGUCUCUCCGCUGGAAAUGUGAAUGACGACCGUGUGGAACGGGAGCAGGGAGCGAAGCAGGACCGGCAUCGACUGAAGGUAUGCCAGAUUGAUCUGCAACCGAUGUUGGCCGCAUCGUCUGUAAUGUACUCGAGUUUGAAACGGUUGUUUCGUCAUGACAUUUGUGUGCUUUUCCCAAUACCACCUACGCACACCCAUUCGCAAUCCAUUCUCUGUCCUGCCAGUGUCUAGGGGUGCUCGUUCUUUCUAACAAUAGGGACGAUCUUCUGAUCGGGGGUAAGUUUGUAAAUGCGCUAGUGACAAUCAUCUGAACGGGGGUAAGUUGGCAAAUGCGUGCGAUUCCCGUUACAAUCCCUGUGACCGCGUUUGUUGUGGGUUGGCGUCACAUCAGCGACGGAAGAAGACAGGAAUGAGGAAAUGAUGAAGGCACAUGGGAAAUCGGCAGUGAAGAUGAUAGCGACUUGCCCAGGUUUAAUGGAUCCGAAAAAAUGUCGUGGGAAAUGAGAGACAGAUAGAUUGAAAAGUAGAUAGAACAAAGCAGAACAGGGUAG